CUCGUGAUGUUAGGUUGGAAGUGUAUUAGUACUAUUUUGAUUAUCACAAAUUAAAUAAAUCUAAAGCAUUGAAAUCCCACUAAUUAAUGUCAAAAAAGCACUUGAUUCAAAGAAGAAUAAAUUAACAAAACUAAUUUUUUUGACAUGAAAUAAUUAAAUGAAUUAUACUACAGGCUACUCUAUAUUGUAGUUGUAGGACAUAGGGAACCUACGCAUGUGUAACCAAGCUCAAGACAAACCUCAUGAGGUAACCUCUCAAUGUUGUCUAUCAAUCUACACUUCUCUUUCCUCACUCAAAUCCUUAUAAGCACAACCAUAGAAAGUUUUGUCCAUAAAAGCUAGAAACAAAGGAAAAAGGAGAAGAAACAAAGGUAUGGCUUAAAUUUAAGGUUCUUAGUUAAUGUUCUCCUUAAGUUUUUGUGUUUGUCACAUGAAAAACUUAUGUAUAGAGGCUUUAAUGUUUUUCUUAUUGCUUCAUUGAUGUGGUUACUUCACAUGCCCCCUCCUAUUCUUGUGGCAAAAGUUAUCUUUAGCCUUUGGAUGUUAUUGACUAGGAAAAGGGUUUCUAUCUUUCUUCAAGUUCAUGUUAAGUGAUCACAUAAGAAAUAAGUUUAUACUAUAGUUCAUGGUUUUAUAAGGAUAUUUUUGUAAUUUUGAUAGUUUAUACUCUAGACAAAAAAUUGGCCUAUGAUUUAGUAAGGGAAGUUUUUAUACAAACUCUUGUUACUUGAAAAUACUUGUUUUAUCUUGUCCAAUAACCAAUUUCUAAAUUAAACAGAGUACAAAAUCAUUGUCCAAUCCACUUCUCUUUUUUAUUUUAGUAUCAACACGAUGCUGACACUUAUGAUUACACUGGAUUAUGUCAUUUUCUCAAAUUAUUAUCGAUGUCGACGUGUUAAUGUUCGUAUCGUAUUCGAUGUCCGUGUCUGUACAUGUUCUUCAUAGUUAUUUAUCUAUUUGCUUUUGAGCCAAGUCUUCUAUUCUAAUAAAGUUUCAAAGUUUGGUAUACAUCUUUUUGAUUGUUCUCCCUAGGGAAACAAACAAAAAGUAGGUGAACAGGAAAAAAGCUAGUAAUAAGCUUAUUUUCAAUUUUCCAUGCCAAACAAGUGCUGCUUAUUUUGACCACAAAGUCACUUUACUAAAUAGCUGUUUAUUUUUUCAUCCUUUAAUGUCAAAAGCUAAGAAAAUAACACCAAUAUAUCUAGUUACAUACAUAAGGUACAUAAUAUAAUUCUAUUACAUGCUUCUCACCAAAUUUUCUUUGUUAUUUCAGCAUUGAAAACACAUCAUAUAGACAUAUACUUCAAAAUCUCUCUAUUCAAUCUACAAAAAUGAAAAACAAAAUGGCCCUUUUGUUCCUUUAUUCAACAACUUUCAUGAUUGGAGCAAUGUUCUUAUUUUCUGUUGAAGCUGAACCAGUAGCAGAUAAACAAGCUUUACUUGAUUUCCUUCACAAUAUGAACCAUUCCACACAUCUCAAUUGGAACAAGAAUUCUUCUGUAUGCAAAAAAUGGAAUAGAGUUAUCUGCAACAAAGAACAAUCAAGAGUUAUAUCUCUUCAACUACAAAGUGUUGGAUUGAAUGGUUCAAUUCCACCAAACACACUUAGUAGACUCUCAGCACUUCAAAAUUUGAGUCUUGCAUCAAAUACUAUAACUGGUUUUUUUCCUUCUAGUUUCAAUAAGCUGAAAAAUUUGACUUUUGUUUCUAUACAAUUUAACAAGUUUUAUGGUUCAUUGCCAUUAGAUUUUUCUGUUUGGAAGAAUCUAACUUUUGUUGAUUUUUCUAACAAUGGUUUUAAUGGUAGCAUCCCUUUAUCAGUUUCAAAUUUGACUCAUCUUAGUUCUUUGAUUCUAGCUAAUAACACUCUUUCUGGUGAAAUUCCUGAUAUUAAUAUUCCUAGUCUCAAAGAUCUUAAUUUGGAAAACAAUAAUCUUAGUGGUUUUGUUCCUAAAUCACUUUCUAGAUUUCCAAGUUUGUCUUUUUCAGGUAACAAUCUUACAUAUGUUGAUGUAAAUGUUUCUUAUCCUACAAAUGUUCAUAAAAAAAGGAAGAAAAAUAAAGGACUUAAAGAACCGGCAUUAUUAGGUAUCAUAAUCGGUGGUUCGGUGUUAGGAUUUUUAUUCAUAGGAGUUUUCUUGAUUGUAUGUUACUAUGAGAAACGCGGCAAAGAUGGACAAAUUAUUAAGUCUCAGAAGAGUAAAGAAGUUUUUUCAGAGAAAAAAGAAGCUUCUGAUAGUCUAGAACGAAACAAAAUCGUUUUCUUUGAAGGUUGUAAUCUUGUAUUUGACUUAGAAGAUUUGUUGAGAGCUUCUGCUGAGGUGCUUGGGAAAGGAACAUUUGGUACUGUAUAUAAGGCUUCUUUAGAGGAUGCAACAACGGUCGCGGUUAAGAGGUUAAAGGAGGUUAUGGUUGGGAAGCGCGAAUUCGAACAGCAGAUGGAGAUUGUGGGAAGGAUUAGGCAUGAGAAUGUGGUUUCAUUAAGGGCUUAUUACUAUUCAAAGGAGGAGAAACUUAUGGUUUAUGAUUAUUAUGAACAAGGCAGUGUCUCAGCAAUGUUACAUGGCAAAAGAGGGGCAGAGAGGAUUCCUUUAAAUUGGGAAAGUAGGUUGAAAAUAGCAAUUGGUGUAGCAAGAGGCAUUGCUCACAUCCAUGAAGAAAAACUAAUCCAUGGAAACAUAAAAGCUUCAAACAUCUUCCUCAACUCUAAAGGAUAUGGUUGUAUAUCUGACAUUGGUCUAGCAACAAUGAUAAUAAGUCCAAUAUCACCAAGAGCAAGAGGAUACCUUGCAUCGGAAGUAACCGAAACUCGAAAAGCAACGUAUGCAUCCGAUGUCUAUAGUUUCGGUGUCUUAUUACUUGAACUUUUAACUGGAAAAUCUCCCUUACAUGGAGGUGAGGAAGUUGUUCAUUUGGUUAGAUGGGUGAAUUCUGUGGUUAGAGAAGAGUGGACUUCUGAAGUGUUUGAUUUGGAAUUAUUGAGAUAUCCUAAUAUAGAAGAAAUGGUUGAGAUGUUACAAAUUGGUAUGGCUUGUGUUGUGAGGUUACAAGAUGAUAGACCAAAAAUGGAUGAAGUUGUGACAAUGGUUGAGGAAAUUCAUAGGGGUAAUAGUGGAAAUAGACCUUCAUCUGAAUUUAGGUCAGAAUGUUCUACUCCAACUCCUCAUGUGAUUGAGACACCAACUUCUCUAGAUUGAGAUUUUUUUUUCCUAUAAUCAUUUAUAUGCACGAAGUAAUUAAUCCUAGUUGAAAAAUUUAUUCAGCACACAGAAUGAAUUUUUCUCUUCCAACAAAGUUUUCUAUAUAGGCAAGAGUCAGAAAUCAAACCUCUGAUCACUUGUUUAAGGUGUCUGAAUUUUCACUGUUAUAUUUAUAGUUGUUAUAAAUAUGUAAUUUAGUGAUGGUUGUUAACACUUGCUUAAGAUUCUUUUGUUUAUUUAGUCAAUGGUUGUUAAACAUGUAAGUAUGUAACAUAUAGUUACUCAA